AUGCCCGAAAAGGACCCCGGUCACAAAGACCGCCCUCCGUAUCAAAUACGAUCAGACCAAGAAUUCGGCCCUGUCAAAUGGUACGCGAGUUGCGAUUGCGGUCAAGUCACAUAUAAGAUCAACCGAGCAAUACCACUCAACGCGAAGUACUGCCACUGUCGCGGCUGUCAAGUAACUCAUGGCGCGCCAUUCCAGUGGUGCGGCAUCUUCCACAAACGCGACAUCCUCUUCACCAAAGGCACCGAGGGCCUUUCAUUCUACUCGUCUCAGAACAAGUCCAGGGAUUACCAGUUGCCGACAAAGGUGGCAUGUACGCACUGUCGGAGUCCAAUUAUGGACGAGGGACGAAAUGUCUGUUUAAUAUUCCCUGAAUUGAUUGACUACAAGGCAUCAGGAGCAGAUCACCAUACAUGGAGAGAGACGUUCGAGCCAAAGCUGCAUAUAUUCUACGCUAGUCGUGCAAUUGAUAUCCCGGACGGGAAGCCCAAGUGGUCUGCACUGGACCAACAGAGCGACUUGCUUGAUGACUAUGGGAAACCGAAGGAUGAUAGCUCACGUACGCGAAUGUAA